AAUAUGCCCGUCAAGUGAACUUUUAGUGCAAAACUCUUUGCAGUCGCACUUGCGCUUAACGACGAUAGUCAAGUUCGUAAUCAGAAGAAUUUGCAAAGUUGACGUUGGUUGUCAAUAUACAGUAUGCUUGGCUAUGUGGGUCCUCGUGUUGUUUUGAUUUAAUUGCUAACAUUAGCUAGCAUAAUGUAGUUUUCCCAUUACUAGCGCGCUAGCCAGCCUAGUAUGAAAUGUGAUACGACUCAGGAUGUUUGCAAACUGCCUUGUAAACUAUAGCAAGCCAUACGUACAUAAAACUAUCCAGCGAUGUGUAGUUGCAUAUAAUUGCCCGCAUGCCCCAUCUAUAAGGAUUCCAGUGGAAGCCAACGAAGCACAGAAGUAGACUAGCUAGUUAGCUAGCAAUUUAACGUAAAAAGACCACAAAACAUGAACGCAAAUCGAAGGAAUACAAGUAUACCUUAAUAUAACCAAUAGUAGUAGAUUAGACUAUUUGUAUGUGGCGGAGUAAUUCUAGCGACCCCUUUUCAGAUUAACCGCCUAGCUCAGUUCGUCUCAAUUAGUCCACCAGUAGUUAUCUCUACUUUAGUCUUCUUUAAGGCAGAUUUUGCUUGUUAGCAAUGCAAUGUAUAAAGGAGGGAAAAGUAGAUAAUUGCGAUUGAAGGCCUCUAGUUAUUUGACAGCAAUUUGCGUAGUUAAUUAAUAGUUAGAGCCGGUUUGGUACUACCUAGCUACAACUUUAUUAACCAAUGAGUUAGCCAUCUUGGCUUUUCUUUACCUUGGCAACCUACAUUUUGCUGGCUGUACGCUUUUGGAAAAUUAUACACAAUGUGUUUCUCGGGGAAUGACAGAUGUUAUUUUAACACUUGCUGCUAACAAGAUAGAGAAAGAAAUUAGUGAAGCUGUAGCUAGAAUAGCUAACUUAGUGUUAAGAUACCUUGCUGGAUCACUGACUAGCUUAUGUGGGUGCUACCUGCCUCAUGCAAUCGUGAUCUUUAUUUGUUUUCUGGAUGUUUAAGAGCUAGUAUCACCUCCCAGCGAUAGAUAAGACACGUAGCUGACCCCGCCGGCAUACUUAUUGCAACCGCAUCAUAACGUUAGUCCCGGCCAGGCCUGUCUCUUUUAGACAUUUUUUUCUGCCAACAUUUUGCGUGUGGACUUCCACUGACCUGGGGGAAUAAUGGCCGCCUCGGACUGCUACAUCGUUCACGAGAUCUACAGCGGGGAGAACGCACAGGACCAGUUCGAGUACGAGCUGGAGCAGGCCCUGGAGGCCCAGUACCAGUACAUCGUGAUCGAGCCCACACGCAUCGGCGACGAGACGGCGCGCUGGGUGGCGGUGGGCAACUGCCUGCACAAGACGGCGGUGCUGUCGGGGGCGGCCUGCCUGCUGACGCCGCUCUCGCUGCCGCUGGAGUACUCGCGCUACGUGGCGCUGCCCGCCGGGGCGCUCAGCGUGGCCUGCGCCACCCUCUACGGCAUCUCCUGGCAGUUCGACCCCUGCUGCAAGUACCAGGUGGAGCACGACGGCCACAAACUGUCCCGCCUGCCGCUGCACACGCUCACCUCCUCGGCGCCCGUGGUGCUGGUGCGCAAGGACGACGUGCACAGAAAGAGACUCCACAACACGAUAGCGCUGGCCGCCCUGGCCUACUGCGUCAAGAAGAUCUACGAACUGUACGCCGUAUGAUUCGCGGGGGGAGGAGGAGGAGGAGGGGGGCAGGAGACGCGGCGGGAAGGGCGGGGGGCUCGGGGGAACGCGCCCGAGAAACGGCGGCAGCGGCGACGGAAAAGCUCGUCCGGCCGUUUCGCCGCUCGAGCGGUUUUUUGGUCGUUUGAUGGUUCGGAGGACAAUAGCGAAAACUAGGGAGUUUUUUUUUUUUCUUCUGUUUUUGUUUUGUUUUCCCCUCUAAUUGUUUUCUCUGACAUCACCAGUGCACUUAUUUGACCUUGUAUGUACAUGUCCACCCCCGUCAUUCAUACGCUAAAUUUGUGAACAUAGGUUAAAGUCAACAUCUCUGAGACUUGAGAUGACGGGAGUGGGACAGACAUGUUCGAGUAUUAACGGUCUGAUAUUUUUGUCCUUGUAGUUUAUUGUACCAUUUCCUGCUGGUCGCCACUUCAUUAAACGUUAGGAUAUUUGAAACUCC